GAGAAUUUCCUUUACCACAGUUAUAGUUAUACACAACGUUAGCCCUUUGCGACUAAAGCCUUUAUCAACACAGCAACUUACAACAAGCCGUUUACUACUUUUUUCUGCAAAUGAAGAUUUACUGCGAUAUUCUCACCAACGCCGAGGUCGUUUGUGACAACGACGUUCCCUUGAAGGUUGAAGAUGAUGUCGUGUACGUUGUUGAGGGCCGAUAUGUUGAGAUAGGUGGCGAGGACUAUGGUAUCUCAGCGAAUGUAGACGAAGACGCGGCUGAAGGUGCCACCGGCGAGACUGCCGAUGGCAAGCAACGCGUGGUGGAUGUGAUACACAACAACCGGUAUACUGAGACGGGCUACGAUAAGGCAUCGUACAUGGCUCACAUCCGCGCCUACAUGAAGAAGCUUCUGGAACAUAUCGAAAGUGAAGACGCUAAGAAGGCUUUCCAGACUAAUGCUGCCAACUUUGUCAAGAAGGUGCUGAAGGAGAUUGACGAGUACCAAUUCUUCAUCCCGGAGGGUAACGACGAAGACCCUGAUUCGGGCAUGAUCGUGCUCUGCCGUUGGGAUGGUGAGACUCCCAAGUUCUACUACUGGAAGGAUGGCCUCAAGGGCAUGCGUGUAUAG